AUGGGGCUUUCCGAACCGCGGAAAAAGCAAAGACUCAUUGGUGCAGCUACGCAGAGAAAUACAGCCUGGCUCAAUGACUUGUCUCUUCCUGGACAGCGCAUGAUGUCGAUGAUGGGCUGGGCGCCAGGCACGGGGCUAGGGACCUCGAACCAAGGCAUGUCGACGAAUCUGACUGUGUCAAUGAAGCUUGACAACAAGGGUAUUGGUGCGCACCGUCAUGAGCGCGAGGCACUUGAGCAAGGGAAAGCGGACGCGUGGGUCGGUGCGGGUGGUGAUCUAGGUUCCUUGUUCGACCGGCUGAACCAGGCGAAUCAAGAUGACACAACGUCACGGUCGCCUGAGGCAUCUACAUCUACCGCCUUAAGCCCAGGAGCACCAGUUGAAACACAAAUUGAGCCAAGGCCUGCAUUUUCACGUCUUGCACACCGAGCCAAAUUUCGCAAGGCGAAGCAGCUGGGCGACACCAGUACGCAUUCUAUGAAUGAGAUUCUGGGGAUUAGCAGUGCUUCCAAGAGCGCCAUGAGGUCGCUCGCACCUACAUCAGACAGUGAAGAUGCGAAUGCACGCGGCAUGAAACAUGUCGAGAGAGAAACUAGGUCUCUGAGGGAAGCACGACAAACACGACAGCAUGCGAGGAUGGGGAAGGCGCGGCUAGUCCCCAAGAUGGCAAGAACAAGAGCAAGACAAAGAGUCAAGAGUCUAGCGACAACAGUAGCAGUUCUUUGA